AGCUGCAGUAUCUCGUGCACCGCAGUCCGCUCUGCUCGCGAUCAAGGGAAUCAUGAUCUAACUGGGCUUCCGUAGGUCCCUUUCUGUAGUGGGCAGGGCCAAGGGAGGGGUGACCCUACCGGAGCCGCGGCUGCCAGCGACAUGUUCAAGGUAAUUCAGAGGUCUGUGGGGCCGGCCAGCCUGAGCCUGCUCACCUUCAGAGUCUAUGCAGCACCUAAAAAGGACUCAUCCCACAAAAAUUACAUGAAGGUUGAUGAGCUUUCACUCUACUCAGUUCCUGAGGUUCAAUCUAAAUAUGUGGAGGAGCCAAGGACUGAACUUGAAGAACAUUUCUCACAACUCCGACACAACUGUGAGCCAUAUACAACUUGGUGUCAGGAAAUAUACUCCCAAACUAAACCCAGGGUGGAACGCUUUGUCCAGUGGGGAUCAGACAACUACGAGUAUCUUCAAAAUGCACCUCAUGGAUUUUUCCCAAGACUCGGUGUUAUUGGUUUUGCUGGUUUUGUUGGACUCCUUUUGGCUAGAGGUUCAAAAAUAAAGAAGCUGGUGUAUCCUCCUUUUUUCAUGGGAUUAGGUGCCUCUAUCUAUUACCCACAACAAGCCAUCUCCUUUGCCCAGGUCAGCGGGGAGAAGUUAUAUGACUGGGGAUUACAAGGAUACAUAGUUGUCGAAGGUUUGUGGAAGGAACAUUUUCAGAAGUCAGGAAAUGUGAAGAAUUCACCUGGAAAUAAAUAGAAAACUCCAUGCUCUGCCCAUUUUAAUCAGUUAUAGGUAAACAUUGGAAACUCCAGACGGUAAAUCAGUAUUUCUACAGACAAAUGGCAGAGUCAGUAUUGGAUAUAGUAAACUGGCUUUCUUCAUCAGGAACAAACAACACUAAGCCUUUUUUCCUAUUUUGGGUGAUAUCAUAUUACAGGCCAACUAAUCUGCAAUCCUUCACAUGGAAAUAAUGUACAAGCCUUAGAAUUACUAUUUAUGAACAAAAUUAAAAUUCAGAUUCAAACAGA